AUAUUUUUGCGUCGUUUCAAACCUGCCCUAAAGUUCCCUGCACAGCUGCACUGUUUACAACGACAAGCGCGUUGGCGAAGAAGGCAAUACGUAGGCACGAAGCGCAUCACAAAAAACGUCGCCUAUUUUUACGCCCCCUCGAGAAAGACCCAGCUUUAUGUCCCUUCCUGGCGCCCUUCCUUUCCUUUCCUCGGCAUAUUAAUUCGUCUCGGCGGCGAACCAUCCGUCGUCACCAACCAGAUCAUCAAGCCGCGCCGCCAGUUCAUUCAAUUCUCGAUCGAGACGAGCAGCGAAGACGAGGCCGAGGAUCUUUCCCAUUUGUCCGAUCUGAACAUCCGCGGCCAGCAAUUGGCAUUCACGGCGAUCAUCGAGAAAUACCAGAGAAAGGGAAGGGAAGGGAAGGGAAGGAGAUCAAUCCGAUUGGGGCUAAUCUGGAUGGAGAAUAUCAGCGGCGGCGGGAUCGUGUAUUGGAUGGCGGAGCACCAGGCCAUCGUCGGCUUUCGGUGGAGCCACGCCCAGUCCUGGGGCUCCACCUGGUCCUUCCUCGUCUCCUCCCUCGCCGCCUACGCCCUCCUCGCUGUCGCCUUCCACCUCUUCGUCCGCCUCCUCCGCCUCAAGCCCCUUCCGCUCGGCCCCCUCCCCGCCCUCCACUCCCUCGCCAUGGCCCUCGCCUCCGCCGCCAUUUUCCUGGGUCUCGUCCUCUCCGUCGCCGCCGAGAUCCGCGACACCCGUUGGUAUUGGCGCGGCCGCUCCCGCACCACCCCGAUGCAGUGGCUCCUCUGCUUCCCCAUCGGCACCCGCCCCUCCGGCCGCGUCUUCUUCUGGUCCUACGCCUUCUACCUCUCCCGCUUCAUCCACCUCCUCCGCACCUUCAUCAACAUCCUCCGCCGACGCCGCUGCGCCCUCGCCGCGGUGUUCCGCCACUCCGCCUUCGUCUGCAUGUCCUUCCUCUGGCUCGAGUUCUCGCAGUCCUUCCAGGUGGUCGCCAUCCUCUCCGCCACGCUCACCCAGACCAUCGUCUUCGGCUACCGCUUCUGGGUCGGCGUCGGCCUCCCGGUCGCCGCCAGGAGCCGGGCCGUUCUCGUGCUCGCCUGCCAGGUCGCGCUCACCGGCUGCAACCUCGUCUGCCACCUCGGCUUCCUGUUCCUCCACUUCGCCAAGGGCGGAUGCAACGGCAUCGGCGCUUGGGUUUUCAACUCCGUUCUCAAUGCCGCGCUGCUCUUCCUCUUCGUCGACUUCUACGUUAAGACGGAGGUGAGGAGGAACAAAGACGAACUCACGAAGGACGACGGCGGGAGCCACCGCCUCCACCACUCCGGUUCUGAACGCCAUCACCACACUAAGCCUCUUCCCUUCGAAGCAAAAAAGGGAACCUAGUUUCUAAGCUCUCUCCUAUGUACAGCAUCGGGUAACAAACAAACACUGUCAUAUUUUUUUUCCCAUUAAAUGAUCAUUUUUUCUUGCAAUAAAUGCAAUGAAACAAUUGCGGUUUAGAUUACGAAUACAUAGCAAUUAAUCAA